CUGCCCACUUUGUCUCACGGAAAGCAACAAAAAAAAACAGCCGACUGGGCUACGACCUACUUCAACCUGAAAGUUUUUGCCAGGAUACUUUUAGUUUAAAUCAGAGUGAUGGCAGAGGCCCACCAGGCGGUGGCGUUUCAGUUCACCAUCACACCAGAGGGCUUCGACCUGCAACUCUCUCACCAGGCCCUGUCCCAGAUCUGCCGGUCUGGCCUCCGCUCCUGGAAGAAGCGAGUCAGCCGUGUCAGGAACGGAGUGAUCAAGGGAGUGUACCCCGCUAGCCCUUCCUCUUGGCUGUUUGUUGUCAUAGCGAUACUGGCAACUAUGUACACGCAGUCCGACCCAUCUAUGGGCCUCAUCGCCAAGAUCCGAGAAUACCUUCCCCUCAGCCUGUCUCUGAGUGUCCAGGGCCAAACCAUGCUGUCAGUGCUGGUCUUCAGUACCAUCUUGUGGCUCUCUCUGAUCAUGACGCUCCGUUUCUGUCUCAAGUUACUCCUCUCCUACCACCAGUGGAUGUUUGAGCAGCAUGGACGCAUUUCAAUCACCACCAAAGUCUGGGUGACACUGCUGCGUCUGCUAUCUGGCAGAAAGCCCCUCCUCUACAGCUACCAGACAUCUCUUCCUAUUCUGCCUGUCCCACCAAUCAAAGAUACACUAGAGAGGUACCUGGAGUCUGUGCGGCCGUUGCUGACCGACCCAGAGUUUGAGCGUAUGAUCAAGCUGGCUGCUCAGUUUGAGAGCAACCUGGGAAACCGUUUACAGCGCUAUCUCAAGCUUAAGGCACUGUGGGCCACCAACUAUGUAAGUGACUGGUGGGAGGAGUACAUCUACCUCAGAGGGCGUGGCCCCAUCAUGGUCAACAGCAACUACUACGGCAUGGACUUUCUCUACGUGACCCCCACUCCCAUACAGUCUGCCAGGGCCGGAAACACCAUCACUGCCCUGUUGUUGUACCGUCGGAAAGUGAACCGAGAGGAACUCAAGCCUAGUCGUGUUCCUGGUACAGUCAUACCUCUGUGUGCUGCUCAGUGUGAGCGGAUGUUCAACACCACACGGACCCCUGGAGAUGAGACUGAUGUGCUGCAGCACUGGCAGGACAGUGAGUUUGUAGCAGUCUACCAUAGGGGGCGCUACUUCAGGCUGUGGGUGUACAAGGCUGGCAGGCUGCUGUCUCCUCGAGAGAUCGAGUUCCAGAUCCAGAAGAUCCUGGAAGACCCCUCCCCCCCUCAGCCUGGAGAGGACAGACUGGGGGCUCUGACUGCUGGAGACAGAAUACCCUGGUCUCAAAUGAGAAAGCAGUACUUCAGCUCUGGUGUGAACAAGCGCUCCCUGGACUGCAUUGAGAGAGCCGCCUUCUUUGUAACUCUGGACGAUGAAGAGCAAGGCAUGAUGGGAGAAGAUCCGGUGGGAAACCUGGACCGCUACGCCAAGUCCCUUCUCCAUGGAAAAUGCUACGACAGGUGGUUUGAUAAGUCUUUCUCCAUAGUAGUUUACAAGAAUGGGAAGAAUGGGCUGAAUGCAGAGCAUUCCUGGGCAGAUGCACCCACCGUGGCACAUCUGUGGGAGUACACUUUGGCAACAGACGCCUUUCAGCUCGGCUACACUGAAGAUGGACACUGUAAAGGAGAGGUAGAGCGCUCCCUUCCCCACCCCCAGAAACUGGCCUGGGAUAUUCCUCUGGAGGUACAGGAGCAGGUGUCCAGCUCUCUAGCUGUCGCUCAGGCUUUAGCAGACGAUGUUGAUUGCCACGUGUUCCCCUUCCGGGACUUUGGGAAGGGAAGGGUUAAGAAGCUCAAGAUCAGCCCGGAUGCCUUCAUUCAGUUGGCGUUGCAGCUAGCUUACUACCGGGACAGGGGAGGCUUCUGCCUAACCUAUGAGGCGUCCAUGACCCGCCUGUUCCGUGAGGGCCGGACAGAGACCGUGCGAUCCUGUUCCAAUGAGAGCUCUGCCUUUGUCCGAGCUGUGGAGAGUGGCGAGGCAGUAGAGAACUGCAGGAAGCUUUUCCGAUUGGCUAGCGAAAAGCACCAGAACCUCUACCGUUUGGCUAUGACGGGAUCGGGCAUUGACAGGCACCUGUUCUGCCUGUACGUGGUUUCCAAAUACCUUGGGGUGGAGUCGCCAUUUCUAAAGGAGGUGCUAUCAGAACCGUGGCGCCUGUCGACCAGUCAAACUCCAGUCCAGCAGCUGGAGCUGUUUGACAUGAAGAACCACCCUGAGUUUGUCUCUCUAGGGGGAGGCUUUGGCCCCGUGGCAGACGAUGGUUACGGAGUAUCCUAUAUCAUUGUUGGAGAAGACAUGAUCAACUUCCAUGUAUCCUGCAAACGCUCCUUUGCCGAAACGGACUCCCACAGAUUUGGAGCCCGGAUCAGCCGCGCCUUACUGGAUCUGCUCUUGUUGCUCUCCCCCGAGGCCAAAGCGCCCGCCACAGAGGCCCCCCAGGCCAAGAAACAAAACUAACCGACUGCCAUGACUUGACCAACCUGCUGUUGCAUAACAUGUCAUUGCUGUCUGUGCCUGACCAGGUUAAAUAACCAUACAGCAAUUGGCCAUCUGAUUAAAGGUGUUAAAGAUGUAUUGAGGCACCCUUUGAGGUCUUAACCUUUUAUUCUAACAUGGUUUGGUGUGGUUAAUCUACAAUUUGGGACAAGACUCAGUCAGUUGAGGAGUAAACAUGAGAAUGUGAUGAACACGGUUAAGUGUGAGCUGAACCAGAUGUAGGGUGGAGAUUCAUGAAUCUACUGGGAAAUGGGACACUUCUCAAUACCAAAGAACUACUUUGCAGUGGUUUGGAGGAAUGAGGGGUGUAGAACUGUACUUGAAUAUUUUUACUUUCAGUUAAAGUUGACCAUGGUUAAAGUCAAUUCUUCUUGUGUGAGAUGUUUACUUAGUUUAGCUUGUCCGGUGACCUACCAGGGAUAGUCUCAGUAACAAUAAUACAUGCUCAUUUUGUGACAUGCCAUAUCAAAAGUAAUGUUAGUCCUUAAAGUAAAUAUUUGACCCAGCUCCUUUGUGAUCAUACAUUGAAUGGUUUAUUUACUCUUGUUGCUCUUUUGACUACAUCAGAUUUCUCUAAGGCCAGCAGUGCUUUUAUUGAAGGAUCGAUGACCCAUGGUGACCAUCUUGUCCAUUACAAAUGUCUAUAGCAUUGCUAAUUCUACUAUGGGCUGUGGGUCAGCAUUGGCAUGUGUCGAGAAUUAUUGUGGAAUUAAAUUACAUCUUGUUUGUAA